AUGAAGGCCGCUCUGAUCUUGCUCGCGGCUGUGCUGCAGAGCAUCGCAGUGACGGCCCUCCCAUUGACCUUGGAUGCGAGGUCGCCGGCGAACCCUUUUGCAGCCGCGGUGGGGCCGCGGGCGCUGGGACGUAACAGAGACGAGUCUGUCCCUCAAGCAGCCAAAGCCUUCGCCGGUGAUGUUGCCAUCGUGUCUUCGUCCCUCAAUGGCAUGGGCCAGACGAUGGACGAGAGGGAGAUCAGUACCAUGGCACGCCGGGCCUUCAUCGCUGAGAAAGACGAGGACCAGCACCGUGCUGUGCUAGAUAACGCCGCCGACGGAAGGGACGCCAGGCAGUCGAACAGGAAAAUCGUCGACAACACGCCCAUCGUUCUAGACGGCCUCCAGUCCAUGAUGAGGAAUCCAUCCAUGAGGAACGUCAUGCGACAACUGUCAAGAGUUGAAGAGGCAAGGAACGCAAACAUCCUGCCCAGCAUCACGCAGCUAUCCAACAGCGCGCUGGAGAACAGCGGAAGCAGCGGACAACAAAAGGUGUUCGAGCCAACCACCGGAACUCAGAGCCUGCGGCAGCUGAUGGCGGGUGGCGGGACUUCCGCCACAGGAAACACUGGCGGCGCCGCUUCCACUGGACAGGGCAAAGGAGCCGGCGCUGCGGGUGCGGGAACCACGACACAGAAGGGAGGCGCCGGUUCUGGGACGGCUACAGGAAACACCGCUUCCAAAGGGAACUCACCAGCUGCUUCCAAGGGUACAGGUGCCAACACCGGAGCUGCGACACAGAAAGGAGGCGCCGGCGCUGGAAAAGCUACAGGGAAAACCGCCGCCCAGGGGAACUCCACAGCUGCGGCCUCUGGCAAGGGCAAAGGUGCCGAAGGCGCUGCCAAUAUCGGAGGCGAGACCCAGAAGGCCGGAGCCGGCGCAGCUACGGGAAACACUGCGGCCAAGGGGAACUCGACCACAACUGCGACCUCUAGCAAAGGCAAAGGUGCCGAAGGCGCUGCCAAUAUCGGAGGCGAGACCCAGAAGGCCGGAGCCGGCGCAGCUACAGGGAACAUCGCUUCCAAGGGGAACUCAACAACAGCGGCAACCUCGGGUCAGGGCAAAGGCGCCGGAGCCGCUACCAAUGUUGCUGGUGAACCUACAGGAGCCAUCGCUUCCAAGGGGAACUCAACGAUAGCUGCAGCCGCCACCAAGGGCAAUGGCACCGCGACCUCGGGCAGCACGGCUUCGAAGGGCGGUGCUUCGGCCGAGGGAGCAAGCAACGAAGCCGCCGGCUCGAGAGGUGGCGCCUCCGCUGAGACGGCCGCGGCGUCAGAAAAUGCCAGCACGAAAGGGGCCGGUGCUGCCACCACCAAAGGCGGAGCAGACAACGCUGCCGCCGCUGCUGGAGAGGACAAUCCGGCCGCCAGCCAGGGGGCUGCCGCCAAAGGCAAGACGAAUGGCGCACAGAAUGGGGGAGGUGCUGCGGGUGAUGAAGAUGAGGAGGACGACGAUAAUUAG